AUGACGGAGCUGCACCAGGCCGUGGCCGCGGGGCGCCGCGGGCGGGCGGAGCGGCUGCUGCGGGCGGAGAGCUGCGAUCCCAACAGUAAGGACGCGGACUGGGCCGACUGGACCCCGCUGCACUGGGCUGCUGCCAGGGGUAAGGGCAGCGACUGCUGCGGUGGCAGCGAGCGCCGGCACCGCGAGCGCCGGAGCCCCGCGUCCCCUUCCGGGCACGUGGCGAUGCUGCGCCUGCUGCUGGCCCACGGCGCCCGGCCGUGCCUGCGCAACGCUGCAGGAUGGACCGCAGCCCACUGCGCGGCCGAGGCGGGGCGGCUGGCGGCGCUGCGCACCCUGCACGCCGCGCACGCCCCCAUGGACGCGGCCGACCCGUUUGGGGACACCCCCAGGAGGCUGGCGCAGAUCUACGGGCACACCGAGUGCGUCACGUUCCUGGAGAUAGCAGAGGUGGAGAGCAGAAACUACCGCCAGACAGCAGCGAUGAGGGGAAUGCCCUUGGACCAGGUGGAUGAAGACUGGGAACUCAAGAAGGAGGAGCUGGAGAGAAACCCACCAUGUGCCCAGCGCAGCUAUGCAACCUCUGCACAGAAGACGACGCAGAGGAAGAGAAGGAAGCAGUAGUGUCACUGUGUGUUUGGGGCUGCUGGAACUCACAGUGCAGAGUAGAGGCACUGAGUAUCUCAGGGGAAACCUGGGUAGGCAGCAGCAGAGAUGGGUGCCGAGAUGAGCCUCUGUGAUGUGCUGCACAUGCUGUUGUGGUCAUGGGGUGGGUAGGAGUGCUUCUGCCUGCCCUGUAUGCAUCAGGUCUCAAAUAUCAGAAUCACAGAAUGGUUUGGGUUGGAAGGGACUCCAAGGAUCACGAAGCUCCAACCCCCCUGUGCCA